ACAGAGAUGUGCAUAGAGAAAAGAAAAGGGAAAGAGCCUCAGGGAAAGAGCUCUGUGAGAAAAAAAGAAAGUAAAGGUGCUACUGGAAACAUUUCAGCAUAUCAGUUCUGUGCUCCCACCAUCAGCCUGCAACAGGGUGUAGCAAUGGCGAGCUCACCAGGCCCUCUGCACGGCUCUCAGCAACUUGGAGAGGAGGCCUCACGCAAGAGGGAGCUCCGCUUGUUGAAGAACAGGGAAGCUGCACGAGAAUGUCGCCGGAAGAAGAAAGAGUAUGUCAAAUGUCUCGAGAAUCGUGUUGCUGUGCUUGAAAAUCAAAACAAGACACUCAUUGAAGAACUGAAGGCCUUAAAAGACUUGUACUGUCGCAAAAAUGAAUAAGAAAAGAAUGUUGGAGGUCACACAUUCGAGACUGUGCUCUUUGCAGGUUACUGAAAGCACUUUUCACUCACUGUUUAGUCACUGCUUGCAAAUGCAGAAAAAAUGUCACAGAUGCAUUGUUUAUAUUGUUUUAUAACUUGGUGUGUGUGUGUGUGUCCGGUCUUACAGAGCUGAUUUGCUAAACUGAACCAGCGAAUGUAGUAUUUUGCCUUUGUCACUUGUGCUUUUCGCAGGCAGGCAGCUAAAGAGUGUCGCCGCAGAAAAAGGGAGUGUAUAAACUGCCUGGAGGCCCACGUCUCCAUGCUGCAACCGUAGAACAAGAAACUCACGGAAGAGCUAAAUUAUCUGAAGGGAAUCUGUGAUGAGAAGUCAAGUUAGGUCUUAACAGUUACUGCCUCGUCAUUUUGCCUCUGAUUCUCCUUUUUUUUUCAGUUGUUCUCCAUGUUUAAUCUUCUGCUUCAGUUUAUUUUAUAGCUAUGUUUUGGACGGAAGAAAUAUACCAGCACAACAAGCCAUGCUAUCCUGGAUUUUAACAGAAGAAAUGUGUUAGCUAUUAUUUUACCAAUGGUUCAAUUUGAAAUGCUUACAAUAUAGGAGGAUAGACUAUAUAUUGAAGAAGCUCCCACAUAUGUAUAUUUGAUUGUACCUACCUUACCUUUACUCAUAGAUAUGUUUGAAUUGAACUUCAACAAUGGACUAAAUAUUGAAGUGA